AUGUCGAACGAUUGGAAAGAUCUGCAGAUGCGGGGCUAUUACUCCGAGCUAAUAACCUGCGACUCCGACCACGAGGAAGGCGUCUCCGAAAAUUUAUUAGGAGCCCACCGAACCACCAACAUAUUAUGGCAGAUAAAAACCGAGAAACACGCCCCGAUAGUUUCGAAGUUAACUAGACCGAAAAGAGAGGUUUUCCUUGCGCCGGCCGAGCGCUGGAUCACUUAUGAGGAAGACAGACACGUCAGUUUUCCUGUGGAGACCUUCAAACCUAAAGUACAGUUGAGGCACGUAGUGCAAUCCAAAGAGCUGCCAAGGAAUGUGGAGAUUGAGCGUAGAAGAAGGGAGUAUCAAAGGCAUAGAGCGGAAAGUGUGCUCGACAGUUUUGGUAUAUUUUCCGAACAAAUUCUACCUGUAAGAGUUCUAAGAGAUCAUAUAACACAACCACAAAACAGAUUCAAACUGUACAGUUGGGUCAGCUAUUUACCACUCGAGUUGUUUGAUGAUACUGAGUUUGAUCCAAGGACUCCUGACGACUGGCUUCAACUGGGAGUUGUUGAAAAUGUGCGUUACCCAAUACCAGCCCAGGCUUUUUUGCCCAGUGGCGUAGAGUUAACGAGAAUAGAGAAGCUGGAUAUGUUGAAUAAUAUCUACAAGUGGGUUAAUGUAGCUGUUUUGGACUAUGAUAAGCAGUUAAGUCUGUGGACUGUUCUUACUUUGGAUGGCUUGCAAAGAAGUUAUACAGUGCCAAGAAUAUAUUUAAUGUUUAAAGCAGAAGACCCAAUAAACUUUGGAAUGAGAGUUAAAGCAGCGUUAGAUCUAAGAUUUGAUGCUGAAAAUACUAUAAGAAACGAAUUUUUCAUCGAUAACAUGUUACUUACCGACAUACAAGUGGAUGAUGAAUUAAUAGAAAGAGUACUACUUUUGAGUACCAGAAUGAAUUCAUUUAAAAUAAAAAAUCAAGAAUAUUUAGAAAGAUUAAAAGAAGAAGUAAUACUAUCAUAUAAAAGAACACAGGGCGAACUCAAUUUUCGUCAUGUCAUACAAGUUUCUGAUCUUGCAAAAUUUCUUCAAGGUUCACAGAAUAAAUGUGGGGAAAAACCUCUUAAUCCAAAAAUCAACACUUAUAUGGUGGACUUCAAGAAGUCCAGAAAAUUCUACGCAUGGUUCACAAUAUACUGCAUUUCCGAAGCUUACAGGGCUGUAUCUCAAAUUGUAAACGAAUGCAUGAGAAUCGAAACUCUGAGCUUGUUCAGCACGAUUUUGGGCGCCAAGAUGGUGACAUUGGAUGAGUUCGAGUUUAUACAGAAACAAGCUUCAGACAGUUUGAUGAAACAAUUGCGAGCUACAUGGCUUGAUAUGAUAAUCUACAACACAAGAAUGUGCCUUGGGGAUUGCGGUAAAGGCUGGUACGAUUUGAUGGUGAAAAAUUUCGACAUCUACUUAAUAUCAAAGUUGUACAGAUUCAUGGAACUUAUUAGAUUCAGAAUGCAGAAUUCUUUAAGAUUAAUGAUAAUAAACUCCAUAACGCUGUACAUUAAUUUGCUAGAAGCACCCUGUCUCCCCUGCCUCCCUGUCCCCGAAAACUUUGUUUGGGGUACAGAUUUACGAAACAGCCCUUUUAAACCUACCGCACCCCCCAUAUUUUCGCUCCACAUGAAAAUGAACGAGGAGGGGGCCUAUUAUUCCACAGAACCAACCUUGUUCGAGAAAACCUUGUUACGUUUAUACGACGACGCACUAACAGAGACGCACUACAUAAAACAAAUCAAUUCGGCGUUGUUGCCAAACUUGCGGUUUGCGCCCGAUUCUUAUUUGACAUCGCUGGGGCUUUUGUCCGAUGAAAUCAGCGGCGUGCGAGAUCGUUUAUUAUUGGCCUACCAAAAAUCAUCCAUUCCAUUAAACGCGUAUGCUGCGGAAUACACGCAGCACUUGGAGCUGUACAGUCUGGUCACUGUUGAUUAUGUCGAGGCUUAUAAAGAGGAACAACACAUAGCAUCUGAGGUGAGAGAAGAGGUUGGGUUUCAUCACAAAAUGCGUGAAAAUUUGGAGGCCACGUUACCCUCGUUUAUCGUCAUCGGUCCUUUCUACCUGCACACGGAAAAUGUGAAAAAUAUGCUGAUAGCGAAAAGAACCGAGAUCAUAAAAGCACUGUUGGAUAUGUAUGCACUUAAAAUGAAGCAAUUAAUAGAAGCCGUUUUGGAAGAAUUCAAUGCAUUACUUGUGAAGCUUCAGGAAAAACCUAAUUCGAUUGAACACAUUUUUGAUAUUAAAGAUUGGAUGGAGACCAUACCUAUGACAAUAAGGCAACUGGAUGAGUCCACGAAGAGAUAUGUUAUAGAGUAUGACGUUUUGGACCAAUUUUUGUACAACCUGCCCCAAGAAGAUUUCGACAACAAGUGGACGGCGGUCGGUUGGCCGUUGCGAAUGCUCGGCUACGUCGAACAAACCGAGAUGUUCCUCGAGGAAGAAAUCGAGAGGUUCUACAAGCUGCAAAUCGCCGAUGAACUUGCCCUUGUCGAAAAAAUUGAGACCAUGACCGUGCAAGUGGUCAACCUAUCAGGUCUCAAGGAUUUCAGUAAAGUUCACGAAAUAGCGGUGGAUAUUAGGAGGCUUUGGAAGGCGUUGAAGGAGUCCCAAAGGCAAGGCCAACUGUUGAAUCAAAGGCAGAAGCUGUUUGGGAAACCUGUCAUACCGUUCGAUAGUUUGAAUAAGUUGAUUAAGGAGUUUGAGCCCUACAAAAACUUAUGGGUUACUGCAUCAGAUUGGCUUAGGUCGUAUGAUAUUUUCAUCGACAACCCUCUGGAGAACAUAGAUGGCGAGGCGUUGGAGAGAACCGUGAACGAGAUGCACAAAACGAUGGUGAAAUUAACGAAAGUUUUUGUCGAGAUAAAAGCGGUGCAAUCGGUGGCGAUCCUGAUUAAAAAUCAAAUCGAGGCUUUUAAACCGAAAAUACCUUUCAUACUGGCUUUACGAAGCCCGGGUAUGCGCGAGCGCCACUGGGACGAGUUCUUCGAGAAAACCGGCGUGAGAAUCGAGUGGAGCCCCAGCUUGACUUACCGCGAUUGCUUCGAGUUGGGCGUGGAGAACUUCCCCGACGAGCUGCUCGGUCUGGCGGAGGCCGCAGGCAAGGAGUACGCGAUCGAGCAGACCUUGGCGAAAAUGAAGACGGAAUGGACGACGUUGGAGAUGGACUUGCAGCCGUACAAGGAAACGGGCACGUGCAUCUUGAAGAUCGCCGACGAAAUACAGCAGCUGAUGGACGACCAUAUCGUGCUGACGCAGCAGUUGUCGUUUAGUCCUUUCAAGGGGCCUUUCGAGACCGAAAUUGAGGAGUGGGAGGAGACCCUCAAGACCACCUCUGCCGUUGCCGAGGAGUGGAUGGAUGUUCAAAAGCAGUGGAUGUAUUUGGAACCGAUUUUCACCAGUCCAGACAUAAGCAAACAUCUGCCCGUCGAAACAAAAAAGUACAAGACAAUGGAAAGAACGUGGAGAAGGAUUAUAAGAAACGCGCUGAAUAACCCAAACAUUAUUGAGUAUUGCGGCGACAAGAACUUGCUGGAAAGCUUGAGGGACUGCAACCACUCUCUGCAAAUUGUACAGAAAGGAUUAACUGAAUAUUUGGAAACCAAGAGGACGGUAUUUCCACGACUGUACUUCCUCAGUGACGAUGAACUUUUGGAGAUUCUGUCGCAAGCAAGAAAUCCACUGGCCGUCCAGCCUCAUUUGAGAAAAUGCUUCGAAAAUAUAGCUAGGCUAACGUUCGAGGACGACUUGAAAAUAACUCAGAUGUUUUCUGCCGAAGAUGAAUGCGUCGACUUGGAACCGACGUUGUAUCCGAUAGGGGGCGUUGAAGAUUGGUUGUUGAUAGUCGAAGGCAACAUGAAAAAUACAGUGAGGAUUAAUUUGGGUCGUGCCUUGGAUGACUUGUACAAGAGGAAUCGGGCUGAAUGGGUGCUUAGAUGGCCGGGGCAAGUGGUAAUCGCCUGCAGUCAGACCUUUUGGACGGCUGUUGUCGAGGGAGGAAUCCGCGAAAAUAAUUUGGAGCAUGUUUUCAAUAACGUCAUUUUAGUCAAUCUUGAUGCUUUGCGAGGCCUUGUGAAGGGUUCAUUAACGUUUUUGCAACGAGAAAUAUUAUCAGCUCUAAUAGUUAUCGAAGUACACUCCAGAGACGUUACGCAAACUUUGGUAGAGCUAAAAACUACCAACAUCAAUGACUUCGAUUGGAUCAGUCAACUCAGGUAA